CUAGGUCUUUUUCUUUGUAUUGGCUGUCAGAGCGUAACUUUUCCAUAAACCAGACCUCGAACCAAAGGAAAGAACAUGGUGAAGUCAGUGGAUGACGAUUUGGGUACUAGUACUAGUUUAGGUUCCCAAACGAAAAUAAUAAUCUCCGAUGAGGAUUCUGUGCAAGUUGAGACAAAUCAAUUACUUACCGGAGAAGCCUCUGUUGUUAAUUCGAGUGAAAAGAAAAAGAAAGAGAGGAAGAAAGAAACUCGUCUCGGUAUCUCUGUAAAGAAAGAUGAAGACUUUGGGAAUUGGUAUUCUGAGGUUUGUAGAUUCGGUGAAUUGUUGGAAUACUACGAGCAGGUAAAGGGAUGCUACAUUCUCAAGCCAUCAGCAAUGAAGAUUUGGAAUGUUAUACGAAGGUUCUUCGAUGCUGAAAUCGAGAAGAUGGACGUGGAGGAAUACUAUUUCCCUAUGUUUGUAUCACGUGGUGCUCUUGAGAAGGAGAAGGAUCAUAUUAAAGGGUUUGCUCCAGAGGUUGCUUGGGUUACAAGAGCUGGUGAAUCUGAUUUGGAAACUCCAAUUGCUCUGCGUCCAACUAGUGAGACUGUGAUCUAUCCUUACUUGAGCAAGUGGAUAAGAGGACACAGAGAUCUCCCAUUGAAGAUUAACCAGUGGAAUAAUGUUGUUAGAUGGGAGUCUAGCGACACUACGCCAUUUGUCAGGAGCCGUGAGUUCCUUUGGCAAGAAGGACACACUGCUUUUGCUACCAAAGAAGAGGCAGAGCAAGAGGUGCUUGAUGUUUUGAACAUUUACAGCCGCGUGUAUGAAGAGCUUCUAGCAGUUCCUGUUAUUAAAGGUAUCAAGAGUGAGAAUGAAAAGUUUGCUGGUGCUUUUGAAACCAAAAGCAUUGAGGCUUUUAUCCCAAGCACUGGUCGUGGUAUACAAGCUGCAACGUCACAUUGUUUAGGACAAAACUUUGCACAGAUGUUUGACAUCACCUUUGAAGAUAAGAAAGGAAAGAGAUCCAUGGUGUGGCAGAAUUCUUGGGGAUUAAGUACCAGAUCGAUUGGAGUAAUGGUUAUGACUCAUGGAGAUGACAAAGGCUUAGUAUUCCCUCCAAAAGUGGCACCUGUUAAAGUUGUUGUGAUCCAGGUUCCCAUCAAAGGUGCUGUUGAUGACCAAGUACUCUUUGAUGCUUGUGAAGCUGUUGUAUCCACCUUGCGCGAGGCUGGAAUCCGUGCUAAAUCAGAUAAUCGCGACAACUAUUCUUGUGGCUGGAAGUAUGCAGAUCAAGAACUUAAGGGUGCUCCUUUGAGAAUUGAAAUUGGACCCAGAGAUUUGGCCAAUGAUCAGGUGAGAAUAGUGAGGCGUGACACUGGAGCUAAGAUGGAUGUCAAGAGAGGGGACUUGAUUGAACAAGCCAAGGACUUGCUCGAGAAAAUCCAGAGAAACCUCUAUGAUGUGGCGAAGAGAAAGUUGGAAGAAUGUACUCAAAAGGUUGAAACUUGGGAGGAAUUUGAGGAAGCUUUGAGACAGAAGAAACUAAUUUUAGCUCCAUGGUGUGACGAAGUUGAAGUAGAGAAGGAUGUGAGGAAGCGUAGCGGAAGUGAUGAAACAGGAGGAGGAGGAGCUAAGACUUUGUGUACUCCCCUUGAGCAGCCUGAACUAAGACAAGACACUCUAUGCUUUGCAUCAGGAAAGCCUGCAAAGAAGUGGAGCUACUGGGGAAGAAGUUACUAAUUAAGCUCUCUUCUUUUAGUCUCAUAAGCAAAAUUGGGACUCAUAUAUACUAUCAUGUAAUUUUAUUCUAAGUGGUUGGGUUA